AUGUCUUUGAACCGAAACAUCAAGAACACAAAUAGUCUGACAGCCCUUGAUGCCUUACGAGCCAGUGGUUCUCACAACAUGAACAAAGCUACUGAGAUAAACAUAAUAAAAGCAGGGGGUAAGACCGGGGACUCUUUAUCCGAGGUCGAGACAAUGUCUGUCUUCUUGAGAAAACCUGUCACUUUCCGGGAGUAUUGUUCAACGGGUAUGGCACGUUACAGGAGCCGCAUGUCAGACGGAGCAAGAAACUCUCUUCUAGUGAUAACAGCUCUGAUCAUCACAGCUACUUAUCAGUCAGCAUCACAACCUGUAGACAGCGACAAACAACUAGAUUUCGGAUUUUUCAUAUCAGAGAUUGUGUUACUAUGGGGAUUCAACACUACAGCGUUUCUAUUGUCCAUUGCCUUGACGUUUAUACUCUUACCAGUUGGUAGAGCAUACACUUGGUGGUAUUUCUUCAUCACGGUGCCUCUCAUAUGCUCUUACGUGAUUUCGGUGUACAAGAAGUAUUCUCCAUCUAUAUUCUUCUACAUGUAUGUGAUCGUUGCCUUGGUGUUUCUCAUAUAUAUGCUUGUGUUCUACGUGAGGUGGAAGCUUACCACACAGAAGAAAGUACCAAAUCCCAAAACCGAGAUGGUUUCUGAAGGCUCAAAGACCAUGGUUUAG